AUGUUAUUGAGAUGCCAAUCCAUUCUGAAAAAGUCCAUCUCUUGCAAGUACUUAUCAACAAAUGCAGAACCGACUGCAUCAAUUGCGGACACUGUGCAGCCUCCAAGAAAUGCAAGAGUGGUUGUUUGUGGAGGAGGCAUUAUGGGAGCCUCAGUAGUAUACCAUUUAGCAAAAAUGGGAUGGGGAAAUGACAUUGUACUUGUUGAACAAAAUAGAGUUGGAGGUGGCACAACAUGGCAUUCAUCGGGGCUAGUGGGAGUGUUCAAACCAAGUUUGGCUCAAGUGAAACUCACGAAAUCGAGCGUGGAAUUAUACGAGGAGCUCGAGAAAAAAGGUCUGCCUACAGGUUGGAAACAAUGCGGAAGUUUGAAUGUUGCUAGGACCAGAGAUCGGAUGACCCUUUUCAGGAGAAUGAAGGCACAAGCUGAGUCUUGGCAAAUAGAAUGUGAAGUGCUGACACCUGAACAGUGCAAAGAAAAAUGCUCAUUAUUAAAUGUUUCUGAUUUGAUGGGUGGAAUUUGGAUUCCUGGAGAUGGAGUUGGCGAUCCAUAUGAGACAUGUUUAUCUGUGGUAUCAGAAGCCAAGAAAUUGGGGGUUAGAAUAAUAGAAAAUUGUACAGUGAAAAAAGUCAACCAGUCGAACAGUAGAGUGACUGGUGUUGAAACUGAUUUGGGAUUCAUCAACUGUGAAUAUUUCGUGAAUUGUGCUGGUUUCUGGGCAAGAGGCGUCGGCCAGUUAUCAGAACCCUAUGUAAAAGUACCUCUACAUGCAGUGGAACACUACUAUUUGCACACGAAACCAAUUCCUGGUCUGGAUCCCAUGUUACCAGUUGUGAGAGAUCAAGACGGGUACAUUUAUUUCAGAGAAAAUAAGGGUAGGCUAUUAGCAGGAGGAUUUGAACCAGUUGCCAAACCUGCUUUUGAAGAUGGUAAAAUACCAGCAAACAGUAAAGACCGCGAAUUACCAGAAGACUGGGAUCACUUUCAUGUAUUGCUGGAACAACUUUUGCACAGAGUGCCAAGCUUAGGAUCUGCCGUACUCGACAAACUGUGUAAUGGACCGGAAGCUUUCAGUCCUGAUUGUAAAUGGAUAGUAGGUGAAGCACCAGAGGUUAAGAAUUAUUUGGUAGCAGCAGGCAUGAAGACUGUAGGGAUAGCAGCAGCUGGUGGAGUAGGAAAAGCUACCGCCGAACUGAUUGUGAAUGGGGAGACCGAAUUCGAUAUGUACGAAUUGGAGGUAUCGAGGUUCUUGGGGCUGCACAAUAACCGUAAAUUUCUGAGAGAUCGUGUCAAGGAAGUGCCCGGGCUGCACUAUGGACUGAUUUAUCCUUUUCACGAAUUUCAAACUGGUAGAAAUUUGAGGAUGUCUCCAGUUUAUCCCAAAUUGAGAGAAGCGGGAGCUGUAUUUGGACAAGUGAUGGGAUACGAGAGACCUACUUGGUUCGAUCCAGAACACAUGGAAGAACAAGAUUCUCAGGACUGGUCAACACCUUAUAGAAUGGCAUACACAAAUACAUAUGGAAAACCACCCUGGUUUGAUUUUGUGGCUAGAGAGUAUGCUGCUUGCAGAGAAGGGGUCGGGAUAAGUGAUUAUUCGUCAUUUACAAAAAUUGAUUUGUGGUCGAAAGGUAAUGAAGUGGUGGAAGCACUGCAAUUUGUUUGUUCGAAUGAUGUGGAUGUGCCCGUGGGAAGUAUAAUCCAUACAGGAAUGCAAAACAAACAUGGAGGUUACGAAAAUGAUUGUUCUUUGGCUAGACUUUCGGAAAAUCACUACAUGAUGAUCGCCCCGACGAUCCAGCAGACCAGAUGCAAGGUGUGGCUGCAGAAGCACCUGCCGCCCACAGUUGCCCUUUCUGACGUCACCAGCACGUUCACGGCCCUCUGCGUGAUGGGGCCCUUCACCAGGACGCUGCUCUCCGAACUCACUGAUACGGAUCUUAAUCCGAGAAAUUUCCCCUUUUUCACGUUCAAGAUGCUCGAUAUCGGGCUGGCUAAUGGUAUCAGAACGAUGAAUCUGACGCAUACUGGCGAGUUGGGAUAUGUUUUGUAUAUUCCCAAUGAGUUUGCCCUGCACGUUUACUCUAGUCUCAUUCAAGCAGGUGAAAAGUACGGUAUCAAACAUGCUGGUCACUAUGCUACAAGAGCACUGAGAGUUGAAAAGUUCUAUGCUUUCUGGGGGCAAGAUCUUGACACCAAUACCACUCCAUUGGAAUGCGGAAGAGUAUGGCGUGUUAAAUUCGAUAAAAAGGUCGAUUUCAUCGGCAGAGACGCCCUAUUGAAGCAGCGAGAGGAAGGAGUUAAGAGAAUGUACCUUCAGUUGAUCAUCCAAGAUCACGAUCACGAAACCGAUCAGUGGCCUUGGGGUGGAGAGCCGAUAUACCGCAACGGUAAAUACGUCGGUAUGACUACGACCACUGGAUACGGGUUCACGUUCAAAAGACAGGUAUGCUUAGGUUUCAUCGAGAAUAUUGAUGAAAAUGGAGUUCACCAUAAAGUAACCAAUGAUUUUAUUACUAGUGGAGAUUUUGAAGUUGAUAUCGCAGGAAUACGUUAUCAUGCUAGGGCGAAUAUUCAUUCUCCAAUAUUGCCAACAAAGCACCCGGAUAAGGAAAGAGAUGCCUAUCAAGCUACCAGGAUCAAAAACAAUGAGGACCUCAACGUUAACCAAAUUAUUAAGGCUGUGUGA